AUUUCCGCCGCUCACUGCAGCCGCGGCCACCGGGAAGCCAUGGCCGCCGCCGCGUCGCCGCCGCCGCCGCCGUCGAGGCCUCUGCUCGCCUCCCACUCCGCCGUGCGAGCAGCGGUCUCGCGCUCCGUCGGUGCGUCUGCUCGCCGCGGCCGCCUCGCCGCCGGCGACCACCCGCCGCAGGUCGCGGCCCUCCGGCGCGGGGACUGGGUCAAGCUCAUCUGCGGCGCCAGCUUCGAGGAUGCUGCAGAUGUCAGGAAUCUGUCUCUUGUGUACACGCUUGCUGGAGUGGAUUGCAUUGAUUGUGCAGCAGACGCAUCAGUUGUGGCUGCAGUGAAUGAAGGUAUUGAUUUAGCGGCCUCAAUUGUACCCACAGUUCACAGGCCAUGGGUGAUGGUUAGUGUUAAUGACGACUGCAGAGAUCUUCAUUUCCGUAAAGCUGAAUUUGAUCCUGAGGAUUGCCCACCAGAUUGCCCAAAGCCAUGUGAGAAAGUCUGUCCUGCUGAUGCAAUAUCACUACAGAGUGUUAUAAUUGAGGCAAAGCACGCUCGUUCUGAUCCUUCAUGUGCUAAACUUGAGGGUGGUGUGAUUACAGAACGGUGCUAUGGCUGUGGCCGGUGCUUGUCAGUUUGCCCUUAUGACAGAAUAAGAGCUAUGCCGUAUGUGCGAGAUCCUACUAUGACUGCUGAACUGUUGAAAAGGAGUGAUGUUGACGCAAUAGAGAUACAUACCACUGGAAAGGAAACUGAUAUGUUCAAUACCCUCUGGAGCAGCUUGGGCGAGUCCAUCAAUAAUGUGAAGCUGAUUGCAAUCAGCCUGCCUAAUGUUGGUGAUUCAACAGUUAACUUCAUGAAUGCAAUAUACAGAACAAUGCAGUCCAAUCUUCAGGGCUAUAAUCUUUGGCAGUUAGAUGGCAGACCCAUGAGUGGUGACAUUGGUCGAGGUGCAACAAGGGAAACGGUAUCCUUUGCUGUUCAUUUGUCUUCAAUAUCAAACAGGCCUCCUGUAUGGUUUGAAGGCUUCUAUCAAUUGGCUGGUGGAACCAACCCACACACUGUAGAUUGCCUUAAGAAAGCUGGUCUUUUCCAAUCUACAACUUUUCCUGGGGCUGCAACCUCUGGAAUGAUCAAUUGUCAGCAUGCUUUUAUUGGAGGGAUAGCUUAUGGUGGCUAUGCUCGCAAGAUUGUUGGAAGAGUUCUACGCAAAAUACCGGCACAGUUUGGCCAUGCACGCAUUGAGGACCAUUCAGAUUAUCUCCUGGAAGCAUUACACGAAGCUUUGUCACUAGUUGGGCCUGUAAAAGGUUACCCAACCUUGCCAAGUCUCUGAAACCAGUAAAACGGCAUCUCACAGUUACUCUGGAAGCUGCACUGUGAAGGCAAGCCAAGUGAGAAGAUUCGGAGCCACUAAUCAGUAAUCCAACAAUCAGCAAGCACACUUGGCAGCAUAGGAGUUCAUUUUCUAAAGAGCAUACAUUCUAUGUAAAACUCCAACAAAAAAGACAAGUUAAACAAACUACACCCAAGAUGCAAGUGAAUUACUGACUGAGAAGCCAACAGGACUAGAUGAAGCAAACAAAAGAAGGAAAAGAUGCAUGCUUGCUUGACUGAAUGUCGACGUGGAUCAUCUUCAUCCAUGAUGGAUGAUGCUGGGCUAGCUAGCCUGCAGAAAGAGCACAAUUCCACCUUGUACUUGACAAUCUCUCUCUCUCUCUCUUUUUCUCAUGUGAAAGGUAGAUGCCUGGCAUGGCUCAACAAAUAAUGUGAAGAUUUGUCCUUUUCUUUUUCUCUGAAGAAAGUAGUAAACUGCAUCAACAAAUAUCCUAGCAAUUA